GGGCCUGCGCCGGAAGCGCCGAGCAGGGAAGGGAAGGGUGGGGGGUGUUGCGCUGAGUUCGGGUCGGAAGGGAAACAAACUGGUGGGACCGGCUCUGAGGGGCCAGUUGCAGUAAAUCUCAAGAAGAAGGGAAGUUUGUGGAGUAGAAGUCCCAAUGGCAGAACUAUCUGCGCACUUAUCACAGGUCCAGCGUGGGCAAUUGAAAGAAACCUCCCCUGACAGUCAUCAAUCCAAUACUGUGGCAUCUCUGACCUGUGAUCUGUAUAAUGCUAAUCAGAAUGACAAUGUUGAAAGACGGCGUCAGGAGGGUAGCAGUCAGAGACGCACUGAUAAUCCCAAUGCAGCAUCUAAUGGGCAGCCCCAGAACAGCACUCGGCAAGUGGUGGAACAAGACGACGACGAUGAAGAAGAGCUGACAUUGAAAUAUGGCGCAAAGCAUGUGAUUAUGCUCUUUGUGCCUGUCACCCUUUGUAUGGUGGUAGUUGUCGCAACCAUUAAAUCAGUCAGUUUUUAUACACGCAAGGAUGGACAGCUAAUCUACACACCAUUUACAGAAGAUACAGAAACAGUUGGACAAAGAGCUCUGAAUUCUGUUUUGAAUGCAGCCAUUAUGAUUAGUGUCAUCAUUGUCAUGACCAUACUCUUGGUUGUGCUUUAUAAGUACCGGUGCUAUAAGGUGAUCCAUGGUUGGCUCAUCGUUUCUUCUCUCUUCUUGCUUUUCUUUUUUUCAUUCAUUUACUUAGGGGAGGUUUUUAAGACUUACAAUGUUGCUAUGGACUACAUUACUGUUGCACUCAUGAUCUGGAACUUCGGUGUAGUAGGGAUGAUUUGCAUUCACUGGAAAGGACCUCUCCGGCUACAGCAGGGCUAUCUCAUUAUGAUAAGUGCUCUAAUGGCCCUGGUGUUUAUCAAAUAUCUUCCUGAAUGGACUGCAUGGCUCAUCUUGGCAGUGAUUUCAGUCUAUGACCUGAUUGCUGUACUGUGUCCUAAGGGGCCUCUUCGUAUGCUGGUUGAAACUGCUCAAGAGAGAAAUGAGACUUUGUUCCCAGCGCUUAUUUAUUCAUCAACAAUGAUAUGGCUGGUGAACAUGGCUGAGGAAGAUCCUGAAGCCCAAAAGAGAGCCCCCAAAAAUACUACUUAUGACAAGCAAGUCACAGCAAACCAGAACCAGAACGCAGGUCCGGAGACUGAUGAUGGAGGCUUCAGCCAGGAAUGGGAACAGCAACGGGACAAUAGGAUAGGACCUCUAGAGUCGACUCCUGAGACACGAGCUGCUGUUCAAGCACUGCCUACAGAUUCCCUAGCAAGUGAAGACCCAGAUGAGAGGGGAGUUAAGCUUGGCUUAGGAGACUUCAUUUUCUACAGUGUUUUAGUUGGCAAAGCUUCAGCAACAGCCAGUGGAGACUGGAACACAACUUUAGCCUGUUUUGUAGCCAUUUUAAUUGGCCUGUGCCUUACCCUCUUGUUGCUGGCCAUUUUUAAAAAGGCCUUACCAGCUCUUCCAAUCUCCAUAACCUUUGGGCUCGUUUUCUAUUUUGCCACAGAUAACCUGGUGCAACCUUUUAUGGACCAACUUGCAUACCAUCAGUUUUAUAUCUAGCACAAUUUAAUUUGACCACCUCUGGACAUGGUACUGACUGUAGCAAAUAUGGGAGAGAGAGAUGAUUUCCCUCCUACUUCUUAAAACAGCCGCUGUGCUGGGCACUACUGGAUCCCCCCCCCCCCCUUGUAAAAACAGUCUUUUAAUGAAUGGGUUAUGAGUCUACUUGUCCUCAGCAGUUCUGAGUUACACAUCUUUGAAAGAACCAUGUGUAUAAAAGAUGCCUAUGCUUUCACCAGCAACAUAACUGCUCUUUGCAGUGAUUCCAACUUCACCUGCACCCUACUGCUGAAGUGUGCUGAGGACUGAAUUAAGGUUCAACAAAAGAGACUGGUAAAUCAAAGUGAGCUGGCCGAAUAUUUGAAGGAUCGCCCAGGCUUCAGAACACCAGACAUCAAUUCUUGAUUCCACCUUAACUUACUUAGAGAGCAGCAACUGGCUUGUGGUUGACCUAUUUUUUAUUGUCACAACAGAAAAUCAUGCAAGUAAUCUUGGUAUACUUUGUGUUACCAUUGUAAGAGUUCUAAUUGUCAUUCUGGCACAAUAGCUUCUGUACAAAUUUAGAGGUUCCUACCCAAUUUUGGCACAAAACACACCUUUUCUGAUGCUGCUGCAAGUAUUCUUUAAAUUCAGUUUGCAACAUGUGCUCCGUGAAAUCAAAAUUGGGAUUGUUGAUUUCAAAAGCUUUUUAAUUCUUACAAAAUUAUACAGCCCAUAUCUUGAUGUUGCCCUUGCUCACAAAAUAACUUGGAAAAUAUUUAGCUUUAAAGUGUGCUUAUAUAGUGAGAUCUUAGAAAGCAUAAGAUUCUUAAAACCACAUAAUGGCAAUGAGGCAUACUUCAACCAAAAAAAAUCAUUUCUGUCUUUUUAAACAAAGUGGUGAAUGUCUGAAUUUGUCAUUUGUUCUCAAACAGAUAAUUUUUUCUAGUUUUCUUUGGAAUCAUUUUGUAAAAUAGUCUCUGUUGUAAAAAGAACUGUUUAUUUUAUAAAACUGAGGGUUGAUAUCCACUUCACAUCCUCAGAAUAUUGAUAUGGAACAAAGGUUUUGAAAACAGACCUAUGAAAAAACAUUGUAUCUGUAUCAGUAAUUUAUAUGGACUUUUCAAGCAAGAUUUCUAACAAAAACACUAGAUCCUGGUUUCCAGGAUCAUUCCAGAAAUAUGAUUAUAGUAACCACUUCUUAGGGAACUUUAAUAAUUUUAUUUUCCUUUGAGAAUUGUAACAAAAAGUACUCCUCUAUCAGAAAAAAAUGCCUAAAUCCCUCAAGAUUUCUUGUCAAAUGGAUCUAGCCAUGCUGCCUUUAUUUGCCUAUCUCAUUUUGAGCACCCUUGGGAACCCUUUACUAGACUGCAAUCUAGAAAUUAUAAAAUUUCGGUUGAAAGAAGAUGUACUUGCUUAACUCAUCCCAAAGGACAGAGUGGUCAGCAAUUGCCUGUUGCAUUCAGUUUGGAUAAACAUAAAUGAAAAAUCUUGUUAUGACUCUCAGCUACUCUUUGAUAACCCAGAGCUAUCAGUGUAAGUAAUAGCUUUCUAUUCCCAAUAUUACUUGAGGAAUAGAAUCUGAAGUGAGCUUUUUGAAUGUCAGGUGAUGGAGGUAUAUUAUGUGUAUUGUACGUUGUAUAUCAUUUGAAUAUUCAUCUCGUGGUGGUGGUGGGGAAAUGUCAAUAAAAUAACUUCAGAGGAAGAUUGCCAAAGCCUGAUACCACUGGUUGAUGGUUUAUAAUCUGGAGCUACACCUCUUGGUUAGCAGAAGAUUUAGCAAUACACAUGUAAUUGUGUAUGUGAUGUGUUUGCAGGAACUACGGUCAGCUCUCAUAGAGAACAAUGGAAGUCUUUCCAUGAAUUUCAGGGGACCCAUAGAAAUGUGCUUGGAAUUAACUCACAAUACUAGUCUUCCACUAGCAAAUACUGACUGCACCAAAUACCUUGGGCUUAGUUCUCCAUGAAGUGGGACACUUGUGUAUACACUGUACUACUUUGUACUGCAAGCAAUGAACUGUUUCUUUGUAGAGAAAAUAAUUGUUGCAUAUAGAAGACUGGCAAAUCAGGGGAGAAUUCAGUUUUCAAAGUGAAGGUAUAUUUUACAUGGAGGAGUAUUCUACACCUCAUGCUCUCUGAAUAAACACACCUUACAUAUGUAAGUUACCUUCACAUUAAAAACUAAGCUACGGUGAUGUAUAAUUAUAAAAGGUUUCUCUAGAGUGUUCAAUGUAGCACCUGAUGAGUUACAAGAUCCAAGAAGGAAAUUUGCUUUUAAACAGCAGAAUUCAUAUAAAUGCAUUAAGCACUGUGCUUCAGUCUGGAGCAUGUAUCUUGGAAGCAGAAGAUGUAAGAGCACCAUUUUGUAAGAUACAGCACCAGGUUAUCUUUUCAAUAAUGACCUAGGAGUGUAGUCAGAAGCAAAACCCAGAUACAAAAGAUGGUGUACUAAGCUAAUCUUCAUCCUGGAAGUUAGAAAAACCACUAGGCAAUAAUUGCUUCAUCAGUGAAGUUGUCCAGUUAUGCAAAAACCCUUAAAUACUUUAAAUUUCAUACCCUUUUAAAGGAAAUAUCUCUCUAUUAAGACUAUAUACAUAUGUAUCUCUUUGUCAUCAAACCCAUUAAUUUUAAGGGGUUUUGUAGUAAGAAUGGCUGCUCUUACAUGGUUAUAUUGUCAGUUAUGUGUACUUUCACCUAUCUGAAUAUUUGCAUAAAUUUUUAGGGACAGCUUGCUAACAGAAAUUAGAAGUGCUAGGCCAAGCAUUACUUGGAAAGUAUGGCAAUGGAUUUUCUCUACUUGCUCAGAGUAUUGUAAUUUAAUACAGGCUGAGGACAAAAGUGAGAGAGCAUAAAAACCUGCAUCAGAUAAACAUCCUAAUGUUUUCAAAUCAGGCACAUCAAAGUUCCAGUGGUACUUAGGAUAUUGGGCCAAUGUACCGUAAUAUUUUCAAACCCCGGUGACUACCAAACCUUUAAGGGCUGUACUCAAGCUGAAAAGGCUAAACCUUGAAGUACAAGACAUAGCUUGGAUUUCUUUGACUCACAGGAUCUUAGAUGUGUAUGUUCUCUCUCUUGUACAUGUCAAGUUGCUGAUCAGUGAGAGAAACUAUUAUUGGAGUACAUUAAAGGAAAUGUUGGGAUAAACAAAUAUUUUAGUUUUCUUGGAAAUUAUUUUGGCAGCUAUUUCUAAAGACUUUUAUGAAGAAAGCUAUAACACCUGGAUAUGUAUAGUCAUGUGAUCUUGUCUCACAACUUGGUCUGCUCAAAGCGGGAAUACUGGAAAUGGAGCAGAGUUGGAAUUUGACACAAGCAUUACAUUUUUUGUUUUGUUUUGAUUUUGAACACUGGUUUGUAUAUAAUCUGAAAUGAAUGUGAAUAAGCCUUUUUAAAAUACCUUUUCAAUUAAAAUAUAAUUUUGAUAGGUUAUUGCAAUUUUUUCCUGUAUUUAUCAAAUUAUUAAAAGUAAACAAUGCAUGGA